AUGCCUCAAUUAGUACCAUUUUACUUUAUGAAUUUAUUAACAGGUGGUGUUUUAGCUAUCUCAUUAGUAUUAUACUUUGUAGCUACUAUUUUAUUACCUAAUAUCUUACGUUUAUUAAUUGCUCGUAAUAUAAUUGUUAAAUUAUAA